ACUCCAGUUUUCUUUUACCAUCCUCACAGGUUUUUGUUGUCUUCCGGGGUUAUCUGUUUCAUCUCGCGAUAGUGCCCCUCUUCCCGGUCGCCAUAUUGUAAUCUGGUUGAUGUUGGUUCGGGGCCUUAAGGGAUUCAGGAACCGGUAUAAAGUUCCGAGCCGAACCGGAAAGAUUCAACAACAGAGCAGAGCCGCCGCGGCACCGGGGGAAACCCACCCUCUUGUGAACUGCCUGCGGGCGACAUCGAGCCAUGCCAGGCGGGAGAGAGUGAGCAGACGAAAAUGCAAGAAGGGUCGGAGGACUGUAGCCAUUGGCAGGCCCAUUGACUCCCACCCCCUGUAAGUGGUCCGGAAAAACCAGCGGUCCUGGAAUGGCGCAGGGUAGCCAACAGCUUGACAUCCAGAUCCUGCAUGACCUCAAACAUCGCUUCCCCGAGAUCCCUGAGGGAGUGGUGUCUCAGUGCAUGCUCCAGAAUAACAACAAUCUGGAAGCCUGUUGCCGAGCCCUUGCGCUGGAGAGCAGCAAGUAUCUGUAUGGAGAGUACCACAGUCCAGAGGACACCAGGAUGAACAGGAACCACAUGCUUCACAUCAACCUGGGCAUCCACUCUGCCACCGGGUACCAAGCAGGGGAUGGGGCCCAGACCAACGGGGGGCGGACGCUGGUGCACAGCUCGAGCGACGGGCAUAUUGACCCACAGCGAGGAGGAGGGGCCAAGCAGCAGAUGGUGUGCAUGCUCCAAGAGCCCCAUUCAGCCCCCGCCACUGUGGCCCCUUCGCCUGUCUACAAUCCCUUCUUCAUGAACGAGCAGGGUUGCACAGCCAACACGCCUCCCCCCACCUCUCUCCCCCCCGGGAUGAGUGCUUCUGCCAUGCAGGGUCUCUCUCCCACCUACACACCCAUUCCCCGUUACACCAUGAACCCCAUCACCGUCACUCUGUCGCAGAACAUCCCUGCUACCCCGCGUGCCCUGCACCUUCCCUCCCAGAUCCAGAACUGCCCUUAUGCCACGGCUGGAAACGCAGUCUUCAUUCGGUCUGCUUCCUCCCAGAGCCCCUCGGGUAGGCAGACCCCCCAGAGUUCACCCUGGCAUUCCCCCACCGCGCAGUGUCACAUGCAACCUUACAAUCAGCAGCCUCACGCCAUCCCUGUCUACCAAACCCAGCCCUCGCCCUACCAGCCUACUCAGUAUUCCUCCAAGCAGCCUCAGAUGCCUCAGUCAGCCUUCCACUCCCCACCACCUUCCCAGUUCCCCUCUCCCUACAGCUCUCCUCAGCACCAGAUCCAGCCCAGCCAGCCUUGCCACCAGACCUCCCACGUAUUCAUGCCAAUCAGCCCCCCGACUAUGAUGUCUCUACCGUACCAGCAGCAGCAUGGCUACCAUCAGCAAGGAGGCCAGCCUGUCUCCUUUAUCCCUUACCUAUCACCGGUGAUGUCCAAGAGUUCCAUCAAAAACCAGAUAGAAAUCACUCUGGAGUCUCCCCAACGGUCCCUCAACCGCAGCUCCUCUCCUGUCACCAGCCAGCAGCAGCAGCAGCGAGGCCAGAACACACUGUAUAUCGCACCCAGCUCCCCUUCCAGAGGGAUGUCCGGAGGCCAGAUGAGCAUGAGCGGCGCUGCACAGGUGGCGGCUUAUCACCCAGGCAUGUACAUCCACCAGGGGCACUCCCGGCCGGCUCCUUCACCCCAGCAGGGAGGUGGAGGAGGAGCAGGGGGAGGACAGGCAGCUGUGGCCGCCGGCGGGCCUCGGGUGAGGGUCACGCAGCCUGGCAACUCCGCCUACACCUUCAAGAUCAAAGUGUCUCCUGGCAGGCCAGUACAGCGGCAGGUGGAGUCGCCCACUGUAGAGACUGAGAGCAUCCUGAACCUGGUAGAGCAGGGAGAGCACCCCGGCGCUCCCGAACCCAUCCAGCCCAUCUCUGCCCUGCCCGGCACGAUUGGAGACAGGGGCAGCAAUAAAUAUUGCAGGAAGUUUAGUUCGGGCUCUGACGACUAUGCUUACACUCAAGCUCUGCUCCUGCACCAGCGGGCCCGCAUGGAGAGGCUGGUAAAGGAGCUUCACCUGGAGAACCAGAUACUGGAGAAGCUCAAGACUGAUGUCAACAGCAUGGAGUAUGACCUCAUGCAGAGACGCUUCCACAGAGUCAACACCACCUCACUGAUUCCAGUGCCAGAAGACAUGACCAGACUAAGGAGCCAGAACAGACAGCUUCAAAUCAAUAUUGACUGUACACUGAAAGAAAUUGACCUCCUUAAAUCUAGAGGGAAGUUUGAUCCAAAAGCCAUGAACAACUUCUAUGACCACAUUCAGCCUGGUCCAGUAGUUCCUCCAAAGCCAAGUAAACAAGAGCCCAGGACAAGCUCAAAGCCCAGACGUCAACCGAGAGACGAGGACUUUGAAGGGGCCCACUGGAAUUGUGAAAGCUGCACCUUCUUGAACCACCCAGCCCUGAUCCGCUGUGAGCAGUGCGAGAUGCCGAGGUACACCUGAACCCAAAGCAUGGCGGGGUGAAGGGGAGGGGAGCUGCCUCAGAAACCUCACAGGGGAGUGACUGAGGGCUGACCUGUACAACUGCUACCAUUUCUCGGUGCAGGGGCAAAAGUGAAGCUCUUUUGAAUCACCAUCAUCAAAACUAUGGUAAUCCGUCCUGAUCAGGCGUAUCGGAAAGAAUGACAGAUGCAUGUUUUCCCCUUCCCCAAGAUAAAGGAAGCUGCUACUUUUCCAUAGCAGAAGGAUCUUAAUAUUGGGAUUCUGCUCCAUGACCCUUUCCUCAUAUGAAAGUCAUCCACUGUGUCCGUUCUGUGGCCUACAUUGGGAGGGGGAGAACCCUCAGUAGGUUUCAGAAACUCUUAAGGUGUUGUCUCCGGAUUGUGUGACACUUGACACUGCACCAUUUGAUCAAACUCUGGCACAGCCUGCAAAGAGCAACAUAUAAAAUAAUUAAGAGGACUUAAGAUAUUCGUAAUUGCUGCUUUCUUCAGGGUAAUUGCAAUCUGUAUGAUUUAAAUUAUAAAGUAAAGCUAUUUCUCACGUUGAUGAAAGUGUAAAGGUAUACCUUGCCUUAUGUGUACAGAAUGUACAAUCGGAGGUUCUUUAACAACCCCUAGUGCUUGUACUACACCAUGUCAUCCACCAUACCAAUAACACUGGUGAAUACGUUGCAUCAUAACAGAUCUGAAUUUUGCAGCAUGCUCUUCUGAUAAAUAAUAGUGUGCAUUUUACAAUGAGGUUUCCUUUUGUGUUUUUUUUUUUUUGUUUGUUUGUUUGUUUGUUUUUUUUAACUUUUAAACUGUGCUUCAGCAAACUUAUGCCAAAUUCCGAAGAUCCCAAAUCCUGCUCAGGUCUCUGAGCUCAGCAAUGAUGUUGAUAUGUGGUAAACAUUUGCUUCCUCUUCCUGUUACUCUGGCCUUCGAGCUUCCAUUUUGUGAAGAAAAACUGUAAUGUUUACAACAGCAUAGAAGGUUCGUUGUGCACCCAAACCUAAUAUAGCUGACAAUUAUUGUUAUGCAAAUAGCUGAUUUGAUAAAUAUGGGUUUAUUUGCACAUAAAUAAUAAACCAGUCUAAGAAAACGCUGAAGGCAAAUCUUAAAUUACAUUUUAAAAAAUAUAUAUUGCACAUUGCGUUUUCCAAUAAUAAUAACAAUAGUAUUGUAAGAAAAAUGAAGAUCACAAAAGGACUUGCAAAAAUAUUAUAACUGGUACUUUCAUGCAUAGUAUGCUAUUCUGUAUUCUAAGGGUAAUGUCUUGUCACAGAUGCUUCAGGUUGCUGUAAUAGUAAAGCACUCGUUCUUUGUGAAAUAACUGAUGCAGAGUGAGUAUAAAGUAUGAAUAAUAUGUGCGUCUGUGAGAGAAUAUAUAAGAAUGUUUGUGUUCUUGUUAUGAUGGUGCCCCUGCCUUUGUAGAAUUCAGAAGCAGUUGUAUCUUUAAUUGUUGUUUAGGCCUUGUGGUAAACUACAUGACCUCAGUUUGUACUUAAUACCAUAGUUGAGAGAGAGAGAGAGAGAGAGAGAAAAAAAAAAAAAAAAAAGCAAGCAUCUAUCUUUUGGUACCCGGUUUUAACACUUCCUUCCCACUUGACUAGAUACUGCAUAUCCAUUCAACGUCUCUCUAUUUACUGCAUAAAUAUUGUAAUUGUGGUUUAUAAGGACAUGUGGGAAUAAAACUGACAUUUCCCCCAACCCCUGCUCUGUGGUUAUUAUAGGGUAUAGACAAGAGGUGGGGGUAGCCAUGAUAUAAGCUAGCCUUUCUACCCCUUAAUUUAUGUUAUGACUAUAUAUGGUAUAGCUCACUUAAUGUUUUUCAAAGGGCUUAGCCAGUGCAUGGCAUUUUUAAAUAAAACUUGUAAAAAUGAUCUACAUUUCAUUGGAAUAAACCAGUCAUUUUAUUGAAAACAAAGAAAUGUAAUGAUCUCAUGGGGACCAAAUUUCCAUCCUAUGCCCCGCACAGGAAAGGUCAUUGUGGGUUGAUGUCUGGAGGAGUCUGGGUUGGUUUAAAUAGUGCAGUAUCCCUGAAAUAAAAUGAAUAAAUCAUUUUAUGAAAACCAACAUUUCCCAUUCCCAAUGGUCUUUGAAAUUGGUGUAUAACCUUGUGCACUAAUUCAAUCUGAACACGCAAAUGAGCACUUCACUUUAAUGUAUUAUUGAAAAAAUGGUAUUGCUUGGACGGUGCCAGUUCACGUCCAGGCUGUGCAAAGAGGCCGAACAUCUGGGGACGCCGAAGGGGGCGUCACGUUGGCCCUGACGCUCCCAGGUGGGGGAUGGGAAACCGGCAGGCACUCCUCCUCAUUGCGCAACAGCGAACCCUACUGGCCAGACACCAAGCAUAUUCAGAGUGGAUAAAAAGCAGGGCUGAUCUCUGUUCUCCCGGAUCGGUAGCCAGCCCACCCUGCUCUGGAUAGCUCGGGGUAAAAGCGAUUCUGGCUUUAGGCUUCUGAGAUCGGAGGACGCUCACACGCCCUCAGAACAUCUGUGCUGUGUUGGGACUGGCUGCGGUGAGGAGAACAAAAAAACAUAAUUGGACAUUUCGAAUUGGGGGGGGUGGGGGAUUUAAAAAAAAAAAAUUGAUCACUCAAUUUUAUUUAAAAAAAAAAAAAAAAAAAAAAAAAUAUGUAAUGGUAUUAUACUUGCCGUAAUAUGUAAAUUGGACUUGGUUAUGUUGGGAGAUGCAAUCUGAGAGUGACGUACUUUUUUAAAAGAAAAUAAUACCUUCUCUGAGUGUACGUGUUACUAUAUGUGUCUAAGGAGAGGGGUUACAUUGUUAUGUAUUAAUGGCAUUAAGGAUGCUUUGAUCGCUUUUGGUGGUGUGUGUUUGUUUGUUUGUUUGGUUUUUCUUUUGCUCAGGGUACAAAUACGUGUAUGAAAUUGCCAAUAAUUCUUGCACAGAUUGCACUGUGAUUGGAUAAACCUAACCUACUGUAUGGUGUGUGUGUGUGUAUAUAUAUAUAUAUAUAUAUAUAUAUAUAUAUAUAUAUAUAUAUAUAUAUAUAUAUAAAUUCCUAUCAGUUUUUUUUAAUAUGAUUAUUAUUUUUAAAUUGUAUAGCAUACUAUAGUAUGGAAAGCAAUACAUCUAUUUAUGCAAGGCUACAGAGUUGGGGUCAAUUGCAUUUUUUCAAUUCCAGUUCCAUUUCUAAUCCCAAUUCCCUUUUAAUCAAUUAAAAUUCCUAUUCCAGUCAUUUUACAACAAAGGCUCUAUUGAGCAAACAAAUACUGUGUACAACUUAAUGAACUUGUCAGGUAACCUGAUAAAGACUAUGCCGUAAAAUGGAAUAGAAUUGGAAUUGUAUAAAAGGAAACUGGGAUUGGAAAAGGAGAUGUCAUUCACUGCUUUGUUUAUGAUGUCUUUGUCUCGUGGAUACAUGAAAUCCACUGUGUCCUAUGAAAUACAAUACUACUGACACUGUUGUAAUAUAAUCUAUUCUCAUAUAUAUACAGACGUGCGCAAAUUUGUUGGUACCCCUCCACAAAAAACAAAGAAUGCACAAUUUUCUCUGUAAUAACUUGAAACUGACAAAAGUAAUUGGCAUCCACCAUUGUUUAUUCCAUAUUUAAUAGAAAUCAGACUUUGCUUCUGACUUUUUAUUCAACAUAAUAUUGUAAAUAAUAAAACAAAUGAAAAUGGCAUGGACAAAAAUGAUGGGGCCGCUAACCUAAUAUUUUGUUGCACAACCUUUAGAGGCAGUCACUGCAAUCAAACGUUUUCUGUAGCUCUCAAUGAGACUUCUGCACCUGUUAACAGGUAGCUUGGCCCACUCUUCCUGAGCAAACUGCUCCAGCUGUCUCAGGUUUGAUGGGUGCCUUCUCCAGACUGCAAGUUUCAUCUCUUUCCAUAGAUGUUCGAUAGGAUUCAGAUCAGGACUCAUAGAAGGCCACUUCAGAAUAGUCCAAUGUUUUGUUCUUAUCCAUUCUUGGGUGCUUUUAGCUGUGUGUUUUGGGUCAUUAUCCUGUUGGAGGACCCAUGACCUGCGACUGAGACAGAGCUUUCUGACACUGGGCAGGACGUUUCGCUCCAGAAUGCCUUGAUAGUCUUGAGAUUUCAUUGUGCCCUGCACAGAUUCAAGGCACCCUGUGCCAGGCGCAGCAAAGCAGCCCCAAAACAUAACCGAGCCUCCUCCUUGUUUCACUGUAGGUAUGGUGUUCUUUUCUUUGAAAGCUUCAUUUUUUCAUCUGUGAACAUAGAGCUGAUGUGACUUGCCAAAAAGCUCCAGUUUUGACUCAUCUGUCCAAAGGACAUUCUCCCAGAAGGAUUGUGGCUUGUCAAUAUGCAUUUUAGCAAAUUCCAGUCUGGCUUUUUUAUGUUUUUCUGUCAAAAGUGGAGUCCUCCUGGGUCUUCUUCCAUGGAGCCCACUUUCGCUCAAAAAGCGACGGAUGGUGCGAUCAGAAACUGACGUACCUUCACCUUGGAGUUCAGCUUGUAUCUCUUUGGCAGUUAUCCUUGGCUCUUUUUCUACCAUUCGCACUAUCCUUCUGUUCACUCUGGGGUCGAUUUUCCUCUUGCGGCCGCGCCCAGGGAGGUUGGCUACAGUUCCAUGGACCUUAAACUUCUUAAUAAUAUUUGCAACUGUUGUCACAGGAACUUUAGGGCUGCUUGGAGAUGGUCUUGUAGCCUUUACCUUUACCUUGCUCGUCUAUUAUUUUCUUUCUGAUCUCCUCAGACAACUCUCUCCUUUGCUUUCUCUGGUCCAUGUUCAGUGUGGUGCACACAAUGGUACCAAACAGCACAGUGACUACUUUUCUCCAUUUAAAUAGGCUGAAUGACUGAUUACAAGAUUGGAGACAUGUGUGAUACUAAUUAAAGAAACUAAGUAGUUUGAAAUAUCUCUAUAAUCCAAUUAUUUAUUAUCUUUUCUAAGGGGUACCAACAAAUGUGUCCAGGCCAUUUUAGAAUAUCUUUGUAGAAUAAGCAAUAAUUCAUCUCUUUUCACAGCUUCUUUGCUUUAUUCUAUGACAUACCAAAGGCAUGCAAGUAUACAUGAUAAAAUAGCUUUUAAUUUCAUCACUUUUCAGGAGGAAUGAAGCAUUAUUUCAAUGAGCUGUAAGGGUACCAACAAAUUUGAGCACGUCUGUGUAUGUAUGUGUGUAUAUAUAUAUAUAUAUAUAUAUAUAUAUAUAUAUAUAUAUAUAUAUAUAUAUAUAUAUAUAUAUAUUAAACAGAUUCAAAUGUAAGUGUUUUCUUUACUGUUUUAUGAGUGGGUCUCCAAUAUUCAGAAACAUGAAUAAGUUUCCCUAUAGAAUAGUCUGAAUCCAUCUUACUUCAGCUCAAUCCCAUUGUCUGCAGUCUUUCAUUGUGUCCAGUGAUGCUGUCGUCUGCAUUUCGGAAUGAGACAUUCCCUUGCAUUCCACAACUGGAUAUUUGCAUUCCAAGUAUAGGUGAAUGUUGUUAUUAAAUCUUAAUACAGAAGCAACACAUAAAAAGGUGAAAGAGAAACAUUAUGGCCUUUUGAAGCUGUUAACUGUUUAAACGGGGCCUUGCAAAAACAUUUUCAAAAUUGGCUGCUCAAAAAGAGAACAUCCUGAAGAAAAUGUUUAUUAACAGUGACAAUGAAGAUGAGUGUGAUCCAAUUUCUGUGCAUCUGUUUGUUAUUAAGGAUUUUUUUUUAAAAUAUAAAUGGGUGUCUAAUAAUGUAAUGAACCAAAACCGUAUGUGAUUGUAACAUUUGAUCAGGAACUGUCUUGCAAGCACUGUUGGGUGUGUUAUGGAACAAACAACUCUUGGGUUCAGCCCAGGCCUCUCCUGACCUUUUUAAUAAACUAAACGGCAGCAGAUCUUCAAUAUUGACUUCCAUUAUUAAGCUUAAUAAUACAAAUACAGUAGAAUGAGUUGCAUUUGAAAUCUCUGCUGCUGUUUUUAUUCCCAGAAUGUCAAUCGGAUGGUUUCUGCUAUUUGAGUGAGCUUUACAUUCUUAGAUGGGUUUGGUCAAAACAAGGAAACCUAGGGGAUACAGCACUAGUUCUAACCUGUUCAGUUGUUCAUUUUCUGCACUUUACUGUAGGUAUGAUUCUAAACUGUCUCUUCAAAUAGGCCCCCGUCUUUUAUGCUAUGCGACUAUUUGUCUUAUUUAAUUCCACCCAAGAAUGAUCAUUUCAGCAUGUGUAAUUUACUCUGCGAAUGUUACUCUUCUGCUUUUUUUUAUUUUUUUUCAUGCAUUUUUCUGUCUCACAGUUACACUGUAAAUUCUGUUUUUGCGAGACAUUGAAUUGUACAAAGGCAGCAAAGGCAAUGCAGGUAUGGUACUUUCAGUAAGUAGAAAUACACCGGUGGUGAUGUUAUUUUCCUCAAUAAAGUGAAAACGAGAGAGCUGUUUGACUGUAGAACAUUGCUUUGAUUUUAGCAUUCGCUUCAUGGACUGCAGUGCAAUGUGUUUAACUCUUCAGCUGUACUUGAACCUGCUGCUUUCAUUUGGCUAAACCCCUAAUUGAUCACAUGUAUGCUUCUUGCACGUUCGCUGCUCUGCUCUGCUGGUAGACCUUUUACAUGUUAGACCUGCACUGUAGCUGCCUUGUGGGAAAACUCAGCACAACCUGUUCAACUGAUUUGUAAAUACUGUAAUAUAAAACAAUAAACAGUACUGUAAUAUUCAA